GGAUGUACAUGAACUUGUAUGAAUACAAUUUUUAUAGCGCGGUGCCCCUAAAGUGUCAAAUGAUAUGGAAUAGUCAUCGACACCGAUCGACCUGACUGACAGUUUGGUGUUCAUAAAAUGGAGGAACUGUCACGAAGUCCUGUAAACGGUGCAAUGGUCAGAAUGCUUUAUUAUUUUCCUCGUAUUAUCAUAAAUGUACUUGUUUCCUUGUUUCAACGUUAGCACGGGUGUAUUGUAUUCAUAAUAUGAAUUUCAUAUACUCUUUAACAUAUUAUUAGUGGAGAGAAUUGCGUUGCUGUCUCGACCUGGGUUUAAAAUGGCAGUUAAUUUGGACCUUGGCAUUCAAUCUUCUUCCACGUGAAUAUGCACGAGUGUGUAAGAUCAUCGUCACAUUUUAUCUGGUAUGGCGUUCCAUCACAGCAUACGAGACAAUUUCUGGAGAUCCAAAUAAUUUUCCCAGUGCUGCCCAACGAUUCUCCGUUUCAAUGUUGUUACUACUUCUUGUCCUAAAUAUUUUGGGGUUUGUUCCAGUCCCUGAUGGGGUCGAUCACCGGCCACUUAAAGGAUUUCCUCUUGAGUCCGAUAUUACUUCAUUUUUCGUCCAUUUCAUGGUUUUCAUAUGUUUUCGCUGUCUGUGGAACUUUAUGAUACUGAUGACCGAGGGAUGGCUCGUUGCUCAAGAAAUGUUCAGAGUGGGAGAUCCUGUAGCCGUUUUGAAUAAAGCAGGCGUUUCAUACCUCAAGGCCAGAAAUAAAAUGACGGCAGCUCUUUCAACGGCGUACACCAUGCAUUUCAACUGGGCUUUAUUCAACGCUACUGACGCUUUCUGCCGCGAGGUGGACUGUAUUAUAAUUAUGGGAAUUAUUUCUUCCAUCAUCUAUAUUUUGCUGUCAAUAACCUCGAUAUUAAACUGGAGAGCGAUCUUCAUCUUUUACUGCGUGGGGACUUUGCAGUCCUUCAACUAUUUUCAUGUGGGCAAUGUCCUCUGCAAUACUCGAUUUCGGCUUGGAGUGAGGAUCCUGAUAAAUUUGAGUUUGCUGGCCAUAUUGCUCAAACUGAUGCCUACGAAACUUGAGAACGAUGGGAUGGUGGGGUUCACAGGCUUUAUUGCAAUGCGUUUAACUCAUUUGCUGCUAGUGGAAUGGAAGCGCCUGGAGCUCACAUGGUUAAGCACUUUCUCCUGGACUCCAGAAACGCAGAGCAAAUUAAGUCUCAUCCCUCUCGCGUUGUGUUUCAUUGUACUACGAAUUUUCAAAAACAUUAGGAAUUUUGUUCAAAGAAAAUGGACAAAUAUUAAGUCGAUCGUGGAUCAGCACACGGCGACGGCAUGAAUGUAAAUAAGAAGCCAUCUCGUCAUACAAAGAUGCAUAAUGUUUAAUGAAACUGAAAUAUAAACUUCAUAACACAAGUUAAA